GUUUGUUUAUAUUUGUAAACCAAAUAUAUGGCUAGUUGUAUAUCAUAAUUGAGUGAUUUAUUUCCUUUAAUUUUUUUAAAAAUGAGUUUAAAAAAUUGUCUGAUUGUUCUUUGGGUAUACAUUCUUUAUGUUUUAGGAAUAUGGUUCUUUCUUUCUGGUUAUUUAUUAAAAAGAAUCGUGGUUCAUCAAAACAGCACAGUUACUGAUAGUAUUGGAAGAGAUAUUGAUUGCAAAAAUGUUUUAUCUUUGCGACACAUGAACUUCUAUGAAAAAGAGGAGAAAAUACCUCAGUAUUCAAAGAAUAAAAACUACUUAAAACGUUUCGACCGAGCGAUAAUUAUAGUUAUAGAUGCUUUACGUUUCGAUUUCGUACUACACCAUCCUGAAGAUACCGGGGAAAACUUUUACCUUAAUAAAAUGCCUGUGUUCAAGGAAAUAAUGGAAAAGAAUAAAAACAAUGCUCUUCUUUUUCGACUGACUGCAGAUCCCCCCACAACAACUUUACAAAGGUUGAAAGGCUUGACCACAGGAAGUCUUCCUACUUUCAUUGAUCUGAGCUUAAACUUUGCUAGCUCUGAAAUCAGCGAAGAUAACUUUAUUCGACAAAUGAAUAAAUAUAAUAAAAGAAUUGUGUUCAUGGGAGAUGACACAUGGGAUAAUCUUUUCCCAAAUGCUUUUCAUAGGAAGUUUCCAUUCCCAUCUUUUAAUGUGAAGGAUUUAGAUACUGUCGAUGACGGGAUCUUAAAACAUUUGUAUGAUGAAAUGGAGAAAAAUGAUUCAGAAGUUAUAAUUGCUCACUUUCUUGGAGUUGAUCAUUGUGGUCAUCGAUAUGGACCCAAACAUCCAGAAAUGUCCAGGAAAUUGCAACAAAUGAACAGUGUUAUUCAAAAUAUCACUGAAAAGCUAAAAAAUGAUACAAUUUUGCUUGUUCUUGGAGAUCAUGGAAUGACUGAAAGUGGUGAUCAUGGAGGAGAUAGCACUCAAGAAAUUUCAACUGCAUUAUUCUUAUAUAGUCAGAAUAAAUUAACCAACUUUAAAGUGAUGAGUGAAAUCCCUACAGUGGCCCAAGUGGAUAUUGUUCCUACUCUGUCUCUCUUGUUAGGACUUCCAAUUCCAUUUUCAAAUUUGGGCAAAAUUAUAACCCCUUUAUUUGUUUUAAAUUUUAAAGAGACUUGCUUUGAUGAAAUAACAGAUUCAGCAAUAGCAUCUGCUUUGGCUGGCGCAGAAAAUGCAUUUCAAGUACAAAAAUAUUUACAUGCAUAUAAUGAAAUAUCCAACGAAUUGUCUGAUUCUUUUAUGAUAAAAAUGGAAAAACGUUUAAAAGAUGCAACUCAUAUGUGGAAGAGGAUAACUAAUAAUAUUACUGAAAAUAGGAACAUACUUUCCAGUAUUUCUGAGAGUUAUAAAAGUUAUUUGGAUGAUGUUCGAAACACUUGCUCCAAGAAAUGGGCUACAUUUAAUUUGAAAUUUAUCAUACUCGGAAUUUUUAUAUUAUGCUUUACUGUACUUUGGAAUCUGUGGUUUUCUGAAAAAUUUAGUAUUACAGAGUCUAUUUUUGUAUUUGUUUUUAUAAUGUUAUUAUGCUUUGUUGGAUCCUUGUAUAAGUAUAAUUUAUUCAAUUUUUACACUUGGUGUGUAUUAGGACUUAUCAUACUGAUUCCUUUAGUAUACAAACAUGUUUGGAAUAUUGAGGGGCUUACUUUAAAAUACUUGUUUUGUAUUAUCAGUCUAUUAAUUGCAAUGAUAGUUAUUUCGAUUUAUAUUUUUAUGGAUUAUUUAAUUAUAUUUGGAUGUUUUAUUACAAUUUUUGUGUAUUUUCUUAUAAUUUGCCUUGUAAAAUUAAUACCUUCAGAAUUAUAUGAAUUUAUAGAAAAUAUUUUUAGCAUUCCAUUUGGGGUUGUUCUCAUUAUAUUUUGUAUGAGCUUUUCAAAUAGUUUUGUUGUAAAUGAAGACCAUACAGUUUUAUUUCUUGUGCAAUCAAUGAUUAUUUAUAGAUUUUUUCCUUCUGUCAUUGAAUGUAUUACCACAUGCUUUUCAAGCAAUAAUAACAAGACCAAACCUAGUAAAAAAAGUAUAAAAGGCAUUUUUAAAUAUUUAAUUCAACCACUAUGUUUAGUGUGCCUUAUAUUUUUUAUAAGACUGGGUUCAAUUUUCUAUAAAUGUCGUGAAGAGCAAACUGCUUGUGAAAAUUCUGAUAUUAUUAUUUCAUUUGAAAAGUUGCAUUUAAAUCAAUCUCAUAAGUUUGUAAGACUUGUUUUAUCUUUAGCUUCAGAAAUAAUACCAGCUUUGCUAUUUUUGGGUAUUAUGAGCUAUAAGUAUUGUAUAAAAUCACAAACAGUGUCAGCAGUUUGUGUGAAGUAUGGAAUUUUCUUUGUAUGUAUAAUGACUUCUCUAAGAUGGUGGCUAAAUAUUGUACCUUCGAAUAUUGUUGACAGAAUACUCAAAGGAAAUGAAGUCAUUCUUACUCGAGCUGCUUUACUCACAAGUAUCAUUCUGUUCAUUGGUGUUGUUUUAUUUCCCAUUCUGUCAGAAAGACCGUGGGAAGUCCCGUCAAAAGAAAUAUACUCCUCUAGCUUCACAUCAGUUUUAUUUAUUCUUCUACAAAUUUUAUUCCUAGUUGCUGGUGAUGCAUUAUCUCCUGCUGUCAUGCUUAUGAGCUUUUCACUUCUAUUAUUUGUCAUUUUGAUCCAGUUAUCUUUUGAUGGAACAGAAUCUCAUUUAUGGACUGACACAAUUAUUCUCAGUCUGUUGGCAAGGCAUUGGUUUUAUGCUACAGCCCAUCAGCCAACUUUUACAUCGAUUCAGUGGGACGCAGCUUUUCUACUCAAUCACAAAGAAAUACACAGCUAUACGUUAUCAGGUGCUUUGGUUGUGAUAAAUACAUUCUCUUCAUUCAUCUUUCAUGCUCUGGCCCUCUCAAGUAUUUUGAUAAUGCGAGAUUCAUUCUACAUCACUUCCCACUCCAUCCUGAGACUUCAUAUGAAAUAUUUACUUUGUUUUGGAGUAAAGCUCUUAGGAACAGUUAUUGCGUCUUUCAUACUUCGUCGACAUUUAAUGGUAUGGAAGAUUUUUUCACCAAAAUUAAUUUAUGAAGUUAUAGCAUUUAUAAUUACUAUGUUAUCUUCAGUUCUUAGUCAUUAUUUUAUUAUAAGAAUUAUGUCUCUGUAUCAUAAAUGUAUUAGAACAAAUCUUAACCAGAUGUUCAGUUCGAAAGAUCAAUAA